UUCCGGGAGUGUGAUUUUUUGCACUCUCGCGGUUUCUCACCAAUGGCGACGUGCAGUGUGAAGGAAGGCUACCUUUGCAAGUCGCCACCCGACGACAAGUCGAGCGUGAAAAGCUGGAGAGAUCGUUGGUUUGUAUUUCGACUCGAGGCAGGCAAUCCCAUCCUGGAAUACUUUGAAAGCAAAUCGAAGCAGAAACUUAAGGGAACUGUGCCCUUUAAAGGAGCUGUACAGCUUGUUUCUGUUCCGUCGUAUGGACGUGGCUUCAGCAAUGUUUUCUACAUAAGCACUCCGGGUAGAAAGUUUUAUAUGUCGGCGCCUUCGAGAGAAGAACUGGAUCGUUGGCUGCAAAUUUUAGCACAACAUCUCAACAAACCCAUUGAUGUUCAGAUGGCUGAUGGAAAAUUGCAGAGACAAGGAAUGACAAGUCCUAGUGGAGUAGCGACACCUUCAGCUCCGUUUCUAUAUGAACCUCCAUCGUGUCCUCCCCCUUCAGCCCCUCCUGCAGAAUCCCCAGGAGCUCGUCCACCACCUCCACUUCCUUCACCUGUUCAACCACUUCCUUCACCUGUUCAACCACUUCCUUCACCUGUUCAACCACUUCCGUCGGGUUGGGAACAACGUUUUGAGCCAUCUGGUCGUCCAUAUUUUGUCAAUCACGCAACGAGGACUACUCAGUAUGAAGAUCCUAGGAUACAUGGAUUUCCUACGACUGCUCCUCCUGCAUUGCCUACUUCUCGGCCACCGUCAGUUCCAGUGCCGAUGCCGAACAUUCCAGUUCGUGGUGGUGUAAAUCAAGGGCCAUUGCCUCAUGGUUGGGAACAACGUAAUGACGCGACUGGACGACCGUACUUUUUGAAUCAUACUACGAAGGUGACACAGUUUGAAGACCCUCGUGUGCUGCCGCCGGGAUGGGAGAUGCGGUUCGAUUCUAAGGGAGUAUCGUACUUUGUAGAUCACAACGCACAGACGACCACAUACAACCAUCCAACUCAACAACCACCAGCGGAUACUACCAAGAAGAAGAAAGAAACUAUGUCAAAGCGAGUCACUGAUAUAAAAGAGAAAUUGAAAGAUUUGUCUGUGAGACCAAGCAACAUUAAGUUUGUGAAGCGAAUUGGGGAGGGAGCUUUCGGAGAGGUGUGGCUUGGAAAAGUAAAAGGACUAGACAAAGAUGCCAGUAAAACUACCUUUGCUGCCGUGAAAAUGAUAAGAACUGAAUGCGAUGAUGGCCGGUCUCGAGAUGAGAAAGAAAUCACCGACUUCCUACGUGAAGCUGAAGUCAUGUCAUCGUUUGAUCAUCCGUGUGUUGUACGACUCCUCGGUGCCUGCCUAAAUCAAAUGCCUUACUUGAUUAUCUCAGAAUUUAUGAACCAAGGUGACUUGAAGUUUGUACUACAGAGUGCAAGGCUUGAGGGACGAACUUGGCCUCUCAAGUUGAAGUUGCUUUGUGCACUGCAGACGGCCGAGGGUUUGCUGUAUUUGAAUGUUGAGAAAUGUUUUGUCCAUCGGGAUGUAGCAGCAAGGAAUGUUCUUGUCCACGAAGAAUCGCACGAACAGCUGCAAUGCAAGAUCACUGACUUUGGUCUUUCAAGAGACGUCUACGAAUCCGAGUACUACAGACAGGCGAUCGGCGACAACAAAAAAGCUUUCUUACCAGCCAAGUGGAUGGCCAUCGAGUCACUGCAAGAUCACAUCUACAACCAGAAGACGGACGUCUGGAGCUUUGGUGUGUUACUGUGGGAGAUUUUUGCUAUGGGGAUGGUGCCUUAUCCUGGUGUGGACAAUCGCAGCAUAUGGCAGGAGUUGUCAAAUGGACUAAAGCUGAACAAACCAGCUGAUUGUUCGGGGCCUGUGUAUGACCUGAUAACCCAAUGUACUCAACACUUGCCGGGCAAGCGGCCAACGUUUGAACAGAUUAUAACUCGUUUGAAUGAAGAGGUUGAGGUGUGUGAUGAGAUGGCAGUUAGAGAUUAUUACAACAUCUCACAGAAUAGUAACUACAGCAAUGUAGAUAUUAGGCCAUACGGACGUAAAGCUACCUCUCUUACUCGACGGAUAUCAGUCACCGACAUCUCGUCCAUUGAUGACAUUGAGAAGCUGUCCAGGGAAGAGAUGGAGGACGUUUUACAUUCAAAUUUUGUUUCUGUUGCUGUGGCUCUAAGUACUGCCGAAUUGGCUGACAAACUGCGGAGUUUGUGGGUUGACAAGAAAUGUGUGACAAAGCAAUAAAUACGAAGAAGACGAGGACAACAUCUCAAGCCUCUACAGAACACAACAAGCUGCAACAAAGUCAACCUUCAUACAUAAUGUAUUUGAGGAUAUUAUCUAUUUUCUAUGGCAAUCUCUGCCUUUUGUAUCAUUAAAUGUUCGAUG